ACUAGAUCGCGCGCAAUAGUUGCGAGCGGACGAGUAUCGCGGAGAGUCAUCGGGUCGCGACGCGCAUUUAUCACGCUUAUCGUGUGCGUCCGGCACGUCAACAACGAGCAACUUUUCGGCUUGUCAGUGUCAGUGCCAAACAAACCUUGUCGCUUUUUGCAGCAGCCUCCACCUUCGAAAUUUUCAGUUGCAUUCAUUCGCGCAGGCAGUGCGAAAUCAAUUCGAAAUCAAAUCUUCAAAUUCUUCGCAAUCGCCGACAUGCCGAAAGUGGGGGAUUUGAAAUUGCACAUGCCCAUUUUUCUUAUCUAUGCGGGCACCCUUGUGUACGAAUUCCACUACGAUAAUCUGGCGCGUCUGGUGCCCAAAUCGGGGGGCACGAUCUUCGAGACCCGCUGGCGCUUCCUGACUUACUGGAAUUUUGUAUUGCAGGCUGUUUUCUUCGGCAUUUGCGUGCUCGCUGAUCUGGUCGCCAAAGAUGACCAGAGUCAUGUUUUACGCCGCCUGCAGAACCGAAUUAUGGUGUCGCUCGCAUACCCAUUGGCGAUGUUUGUCGGUGUGACCUUCUGGGCCAUCUACCUGGUCGAUCGGGAGUUGAUCCUACCGAAAGCCAUGGACGUUUUCUUCCCGGUGUGGCUCAACCACUGCAUGCAUACGAACAUCGUCGUCUUUAUGCUGAUUGAAUUCAUCACCACGUCCUACGCGUACGAGCCACGCGCACGCAACGUGAAGAUCCUGCUGAGCGUGAUGGUUUCCUAUCUGAUCUGGCUGUUUGUCAUCUACAGCGCCACCGGCGUCUGGGUGUACCCAAUUCUGCACGUGCUCUCGUGGCCGUUGAAGAUUGCCUUCAUCAUCGGCUGUCUGGGCCUGGUGCUCGGCCUCUAUGUCACUGGCGAGAAGCUUAACAAAGCGUUGCGUGGCGAGAAGGAGGUGGUGGUUAUCAUGCCGGCUAGCUCCGUUGCUGAAAUGAGCAGGGCAUCACCACCUCCUCCUGCCACCUCAGCCGGCAACGUCAAGAAGGAAAAGUAAUUGCCACCCUCUUUUCCCUCUUCUUUUCAAUGUGACUAACACUCUCUUCUUCUUAAACAUUCUUCGCCGGAAACGGCCGGCGUCCCCCCGGCGUUUCCGCUUCUUUCAGACAUUUCCGAUAGUGAUAACGCGCAAUGCAUACUUUUAGUACUUUUUUAUUGCCCACUUAUUUUGCACUGUCUUCUUUUUUAGGAAGAAGAAGCGUUCUUUGUAAAUUAAUUAAGAUUCUGUACAGUAACGGCUGUAUCCAAGAGUACGUAACUAAAAAAACAAUAAGCUAAUCGAAGAA